GAAACAUAGUCGAUUUUAGGUACGUGUAUACAGGGCGCUUGCCAGGGCACUCAAUACAUACAUCAAAAUUGAAAAUUCGAUACAAUGAAUAAAAUAAGAAAAAGGAAUUUGUCUCACAUUUUUCUUCUUUUUUACUACACAAGUAUAAAAUGCUUUCAGUUUUUAAAAUAAAAACGUAGGCUGUACGUAUCAAAGUAAGAAUUUAAUGUAGUACUUACAAAAUUAAAGGCUGCAUAAAGCUAAAUGUUGAACAUUAAAUGAGUAACUACUUAUUUUCAUAAUGCAAAUGUAAAAUAUCAAAUCACUUGAAAUACGUAUAUUUCUAAACCUAGUUUUAAACUUACGUAUCUAAUUAAAUAAUAUCUAACAACGAUAACUAAAACAUAAAAUUCAUUAACAUAAUUAUAUUGAGAAAGGUAACUCUUAAAUUUAAAGCAUACCAUUAUAAGAUAUUUAUACUUGAACAAAGGGGCAUUAAUCUCUAAAUUUAUAUAAAAUAGUGCAGUCUAUUAGUACCGCAGAAGGAAAGAAUUGCUCUGAAACUAAAGUGAUCAUAGUCGCUUAUCGAACUUGAAAUAUCGUCAGGCCGAGGGUACCGGGAUCGCCUCGACACACUGCUGGUCUUCGAGGGUCCCAUAGUCCAUCCCCUUCUUAGAUCAAUAAUACUAUUCCCGUGGCAGCGCAUGCGUCCCACGGCGUCUCCCGUUACAACCCCCAUACGCGAGCUGGUUUCCACCCCCGUUGAGCUGCGUUCAGAACGUCGCGUACCCCUCCAUGCAACAUUCAUAGCGCCAUCAAUAUUAUACGCGCGAAAUAAUAACCUGUGCAUUUAUUAUGAGGGGGUGGUUCCUUCGAAAGGUCGAAUAUAAAAAAAUACACUAGGAUCAUGAUAAAUAUGCGUGCAAACUGUUAUGCAAAUCGAUCAAAUUGAAUAGUGAAGGGUCGCUAGAAAAAGAUGAAUCAGUACGUGCAAUUUGUCUAGUAAUCGAUCAAUCGAAAAAAUUAGUUGAGCGAUAUGUAAAUGAAUUAGACAUAUAUUUAAACAUUUCGAGUAGUAAAUACGAUGUCCAUUAUACAUGAUAAUUCUCUUCAUUUACAUUGCAUAGAUUUAUAGCAUGAUGAUAAGCAGCCGACCUUGAUACACUAGCUAUAUCGUGAAAAUACACACCUAUUACGAAACUAUAUCCAAGCUAGACUCGUAAACAGCGUAAACAGCAACGCGAGAUCUCGACUUGAAAUUCCGGUUUUCUGACGAUUCCGAUGGCAGUUAGCGUUCGAUAGUCGUAGAUCCGAGUGAAAAGAUCGCGCAUAGCGUAGCAACAAUCAUAAAAGACAAGUUCAUAAGUUUAAAAACGACUUCAAACUGAAGUAUGAAGCGUGUUAUUCCGUUCCGGAAAAAUGAUUUAUAAUCUUUUCUCGUUAUCAUCGUGAUAGCAUCACGUUUAGCGUUAUCGUCAGCAUUCGUCAUAGCGUUUUAGAAGUGUGUUCACGUUUUAAAAUUUAAUUUGCUGAAAGAAAUCUAAAUGUGUGACAGUGCAAUUGCAUUAAGAAGAGAAAAUUGCGGCUGAAAUUGACGUUAGAAAUUCUCGAGAUGAUAAGCGAAAUCGUGUGCCUGUGAUAAAUCGUGUAGCGCGCGCAGCAGAAGUUACAGAAGUCAACUAUCAUGUAUCGUGGCUGGUAUUGGCUUUAUCGUCGCUUGAUCUCAACACCUUUCAGUUGAAACUGUCAGUGUCAGUGCCGCUUAGGUUAAAUACAAAGCAAAUACUAGCUGCACGCCAAACAAUCUCGUGGCGUACGCAAUUAAAAAUCUCAUUGAUAUUCCGAUUCUUCCUUCAUCAUGUCUAAACGACUGUUGAAAUCUGUGCUAACUAAGGAAACCAAAGAUUAUUUUUUGAGCACGCACUUUUGGGGUCCGGCAUUCAACUGGAUGAUACCUGUGGCAGCCAUAUCCGACAUGCGAAAGCAUCCAAAAAUCAUUAGCGGCAAAAUGACUCUAGCCUUGACCCUGUAUUCUAUGGUAUUCAUGCGGUUUGCUUGGAAAGUACAACCACGAAAUUUGUUGCUGUUCGCAUGCCACAUCACAAAUGCUGGAGCCCAACUCACGCAAGGUUACAGAUUCCUCAAUUAUCACUACGGUCAGCAAAAAGAGCCUGAACAGAGUAAAUAACGUAGCCAGUAGCCACGCAAGUAAUGCGUUCCAACGAUAUGUUUAACUUGCAAUGUAUAAAAUAUGAAACAAUAACAAAUCCAUUUCUUUAUUACUACCGUUGACUUUUGUUAUAAAAUAAGCUGAAAAUAAUAGCGGAUAGUAAGGUGUUGCUUUUUAUUCCGAAACGUGAUAAAUUAUAUGUAAAUUUUAUGUGCGCAUAAAACGUCAAAAAAUAAUUUGUUACAACCGUAAAGAAAAUUUCUUCUAGUUUCUUCACUCCCAUUAUCAUGUAUAAAAAUAUAUAUGUGCAAAUAUAAAAUAUAUA